CACAGGGCAGUCGUUUUCUCAAGAAAAGCUCCGAAUUUUCAACCUUAGCGUGUGUUUGAAUUGCCACGUUGGCAUAUGUAUAUUCUUGAGUUCCUAACAGUUUCCUACCAGAGCUAAACCUGCCUACUACUACUAGGUAAACAUAGGUCAUCAGAGAGAAUAUUUUGGAGCUACAAAAUGUACAGCCAAACAUACGAAGACGAGGCUCCUAUCCCCCUCAUAGCUAACUACACAGUUGUCAAAGAUGAUGAAGAGAAACGGGACCCAGAGGAUCGAGUCAUUCUAGAAAUAGGCCGCCAAGAUGAUAAGCCUAAAGAAGAACACACAUUCUCACAUAAGAAGUACGAUAAGACCAUUUCUCAUCAUAGAUCUUAUGUGUUAGAAGAUUAUGAACCAAGGAGGAUAUAUUUUAGACCACAUGAAUUGGAUCACAGCGCUGCAGAAGGCUCUAGAUUCUUCGAGCAAGACUACAGGGAUGCGGUCACGAUACCAGAUAUCGCCAACUCGGAAUCAUCCCUGGACUACUCACACGAAUCCCAGGAUACCUCUAAAUACGGCACUGAUGAUGCCAACCAAGACACCAUGCUGAAUUGGAAGGAGAGGGCCAUGCAGCUUGAGAAAGAAUACAAGAAAACUGCAUGCGAUCGAGAGCGGACUCGCAUGAGGGAUAUGAACCGCGCAUUCGAUCUGCUGCGCUCGAAGCUGCCAAUCACCAAGCCGUCUAAGAAGAAGUAUUCCAAAAUCGAGUGCCUUAGGAUAGCCAUUUGUUAUAUCAGACAUUUGGAGUAUAUGCUGGCAGGAGGAUCGGCAGCUGAAAACCCUGCCUUCUUCGAGCUUCACGCCUCGGACCUUAGAAGGAGGCAGCAGAGAUAUUAGCCAAUAUACCAUAGAGUAGAAUGCUACAAAAAUAAAAAUUUAGUCAGCUUUGUUCGGCUGCCUUUGACAAACAAAAAAAAAAGUGCAAUUCUUCAAAGACGUAUUUAUAUUUCUUUUUGACAAAAAGUAUAACAAUACAAUAAAUAAGAAUAUAUUUUUUAAAUACGUUCCUUGUAUUAUGCUUACCAUAAUUUGAAAUAUUAUCUGGUUCCGAUAUCAAGAAACCACUUUUUUACCUUACGAUAAGCACUAAACAUAACAACAGCUAUAUUUUACAUUUUUCAUAUUUCAGAGUCCAUUUAUACAAUGUUUUCAUAUCGAAACUUUUAACUCCUUCUGACAAUAUCACAAAAACUUUUUAAAGAAAAGAUGUUGGUGGUUGUUACCUUUUCUUACACAUUUGUACCAAAAUGAUGAACGUACCACUUUUACUUUACAUUAUAGGAACAUUUUGCUGUUACUAGUCUCGUUACAAUUCAACUGUGCACUUGUCAAUUUUGUGAACAAUACAAAACCUACUAAACCCUCGGCUUAUAUGAAUAUGGUAAUAUUUUUUAAAUCA